AUGGGAGACACAGUGGAAGAAACCAAUUUAUCAGAGAAUUCCAACCCUAAUCCCAAUCCAGAAUCAGAAACAGAAACCCUAACAUUAGAUGGUACCUCCUUCAACACUAACAAUCAGAGAGAAAUAUUGAAAGCAAUUGAAGUUGUUGAACGAGAUUCCUUCGCCAUUGCUCAGAGCUUCACUUCUCUCUUCGAAGCACUCCGAUUGUCCCUCUCUCAAUCCACCGACACCUCACUCCAUCACAUUCAAUGCUUCACCGACGCCGCCGGUCAUCUUCAAGAAUCCGUGCUUGAUGCAGCAACUAAGGGGAAUCGGUAUAUAAAUUCGUGUCUCAAAUUGAAUGAGGAGAUGAAGAGCGUUGAUAGUCUAGCAUCACAAUUAAAAAUCCUGAGAAGGCAUGUAGAUGUUCUGGACUCGGCUGUUAACAAGCUUCUUCAUGUCUCUUGA